UCUGUUACAACUCACAGGAAAAAAAAACUCCUCCUUUAAACGCCAUUCCCACUGUCAGCAUUGGAUUCAUCAGUUUCCACUUUGGAUUGUUUUUUGAAUUUCUGUCGCUUUUUUUUUUUUUUUUUAUUGGCUUCUGAUGCGUGUGAAUGUGAAUGUGUGUAUGUGUUAGUUCAUCUGGGCUGAUGAACUAACCUUAUUUUUGUUUUUUGGGAAAAAGCCCGGGAUUUGAUUGGGAAACAAGUUCUUGAUCUGCGAUUGCAUUGUUUUAAGAACUCAAGAACCCCAGAGCUUUUUUGGGUUUUGUUUUCUUCUGGCGUUUACGUAGGAGAUGGGUAUGUAUAAGCGAGCCAAGUUCGACUCGCUGAUCUCACUGAGUCGAGCCCGAUUGAUUCAAGUCUUGACGGGUUUGCUGUUUUUGUAUCUGCUUUUCAUUAGCUUUGAGAUUCCUAUGGUUUUGAGAGCAGGGUUAGGGUUAGAAUCUCCUGAGAUAGCGUUCGCGUUACCCCUUAUCUCCCAUCCAAUAUUCAGAACCCAAAAUGAUAACCAGUUUUCUACAGAGGAGAAAGAAGAACUUGUUUUUCGGGCACAGGAGCGGAAAAUGGGUGAAUUUAGGAAGAUCUCGGGCCUCAUUUUCGAUGAUAAUGCGUUUAAUAGUGUGAGUAAAGAUGACUUUUCUGAGUUGCAUAAGGUAGUUAGGGAUGCAUUUGCGUCAGGUAAGGAAGUUUUGGAGGAUUUGAAGUCAGGGAAAGUGCUGAAUGAGGUGGAGAACCAGGCGAAAAGGGCAGAGGAGCCCUGUCCGAAUUCAGUGGAGCUGUCUGGGGAUGAUUUUGUGAAGAAAGGGAAAAUGAUGGUUAUACCGUGUGGUUUAUCAUUGGGCUCCCACAUCACGGUAGUUGGGAGGCCACGUUGGGCCCACAUGGAUAAAGAGUCGAACAAGGGUGGAGGGAGCACAAUGAUGUCACAGUUUCUGAUAGAGUUGCAGGGGUUGAGAACUGUGGAUGGGGAGGACCCACCUAGGAUACUGCAUUUUAAUCCAAGGUUGAAAGGGGAUUGGAGUGGGCGUCCAGUGAUCGAGCAAAACACCUGUUACAGGAUGCAGUGGGGGUCUGCCCAGCGGUGUGAAGGGUGGAAGUCAAGAGCCGAUGAGGAAACUGUUGAUGGACAGGUGAAAUGUGAGAAAUGGAUUCGUGAUGAUGACAGUGGGUCCGAAGAAUCAAAGGCCACAUGGUGGUUGAAAAGGCUGAUUGGCAGAACAAGGAAGGUUACCGUUGACUGGCCUUAUCCCUUUGCAGAAAACAAGUUGUUUGUACUUACACUUAUUGCUGGCUUGGAAGGCUAUCACAUCAAUGUAGAUGGGAGACAUAUUUCAUCCUUUCCAUAUCGUCCUGGUUUCACUCUUGAGGAUGCCACAGGACUGUUUCUGAAUGGGGAUGUUGACAUUCAUUCUAUCUUUGCUGCUUCUUUGCCUACAUCACAUCCAAGUACUGCACCACGGAGGCAUCUGGAGUUUUCCCCUGAAUGGAGAGCCCCGAGCCUUCCCACUGGACCUGUGGAGCUCUUUAUUGGUAUCCUCUCUGCUGGCAACCAUUUUGCCGAACGGAUGGCUGUCAGGAAAUCAUGGAUGCAGUAUAAAACAGUCAAGUCUGCUAAUGUUGUCAUUCGUUUCUUUGUAGCAAUGCAUGCUAGAAUGAAAGUCAAUGUGGAGCUCAUGAAAGAAGCUGAUUAUUUUGGUGAUAUUGUUAUAGUGCCUUACAUGGAUAAUUAUGACCUCGUUGUACUGAAGACUAUUGCAAUUUGCGAGUAUGGGGUUCGGACUGUGGCAGCUAAGUAUAUUAUGAAAUGUGAUGAUGAUACAUUUGUAAGGAUAGAUGCCGUGAUGGCAGAAGUGAACAAAAUUCAAAAUGGUAGAAGUUUCUAUAUUGGAAAUAUCAACUACUAUCACAAGCCUCUACGUCAUGGUAAAUGGGCAGUGACAUAUGAGGAAUGGCCAGAGGAGGUGUAUCCACCCUAUGCCAAUGGACCUGGUUAUAUUGUGUCAGCGGACAUAGCACGAUAUACUGUGUCUCAGUUUGAGAAACACAAUCUAAGAUUAUUCAAGAUGGAAGAUGUAAGCAUGGGAAUGUGGGUGGAAAAGUUCAACAACUCAAGGCCAGUUGAGUAUGUGCAUAGCUUGAAGUUUUGCCAAUUCGGAUGCGUCGAGGGUUAUUAUACAGCACAUUACCAAUCUCCUAGACAGAUGACCUGCUUGUGGGAAAAACUACAACUUCUUGGAAAACCACGGUGCUGCAACAUGAGAUGACCGCUUGUGAUGAAGAUGCAAAAAUUUGAGAGCAGAAACUAAGAAAGGAAUUUUUUUCGGUAGCUUGUACAUAGUUCGAGUAGCUGGCCCUCUUGGCCAUCUCUGUUAUUUUCUAGUUCAUUCAUUUUUAGUCCACCUUCUUUUGGGGCCCCAUUUUUUAAGUGUUAUGGCUCACAGAUGCUAGGAAUUUCUUUACUCUUGGACCAUU